AUGGCGCCCCGCAACGACGUCGAAGCCUUCCACGAAGUGCUCCGAUCUAGUCGUCGCAUCCUCGCCCUCUGCGGCGCCGGCUUGUCUGCCUCGUCCGGCCUACCGACCUUCCGCGGUGCCGGCGGCUACUGGCGAAAUCACGAUGCCACCAAGCUUGCCACCAUGACGGCCUUCCGGGCCGACCCCGGCAUCGUUUGGCUCUUCUACGCGUACAGGCGUCAUGCCUGUCUCAAGGCCAGCCCGAACCCUGCCCACCGGGCUCUCGCUCAGCUGGCCAAGGAGAAUAAAGAUUUCUUGUGUCUCACGCAAAACGUCGACAAUCUCUCCCAGCGGGCAGGCCACGCUCCGGAGCAGCUCCGGGCUCUUCACGGCUCGCUCUUCGACAUCAAGUGCUCCGCCGACGGCUGCGAUUGGAUGGAGCGCGACAACUUUGACGAUCCCUUCUGCCCACCGCUGGCCCCCGCCGCCGAGGACCCGCCGCCGGGAGAGCGUCUCCCCUUGCUCGACCCGUACCACCGCGUCAGGCACGUGCCGGAAGAGGAGCUGCCGAAAUGCCCCAAGUGCAAGGUCGGCCUGCAGCGUCCGGCCGUCGUCUGGUUCGAGGAGGCGCUGGAUGGUGAAAUGCUCCGUGGCAUCGACGACUGGCUGAAUGACGGCAAGGUGGACCUCAUGCUCGUCAUAGGCACCUCUGCUCAAGUCUGGCCCGCCGCGGGAUACAUUUCGACGGCGAAGCGUCGUGGCGCUCGCGUUGUGACGGUGAACCCGGAAGCAGUCGACGAAUCGGCGCUGCUGAGCCUGCAACCGGGCGACUUUGCCUUUGACGAAGAUGCGGCCGAGUGCCUACCACGGCUGCUCGAACCCGUCAUUGGCAUCAUGCAGGAGAAUGGAGGGUUCAAGAAGGCCUGA